AUGAAGAAGUUCAGAUCAAAGCUACCUCGCCGGAAACGUUCUAAAUUUUCUCCUAUUCUUAGAUCUUCUCCUGCUCUAAAGUUCAAUUAUAGUUCGAUCAUUGAUUCUUCUUCGAAUUUGACACGAGAUGUUGGAUUUGCGUGUGAUUCCUCGAGCGUAGUAUCGACGAACAACAAAUCGGUGAAGAAGAGAAGUUUUGCCGAUGGAAAUGCCGCCGUCGCUAGCGAAUUUCGGAGGAUUACGAGGUCGUAUAGUAAGCGGAUGGAGAUUAUGGCUGAGAAGGAAGUUGAAGUGUCGGAGUCGUCUUCGUGCGUGGAGAUGCUUGACUCGAGGUCGAAGAGCACAAUUCGGAGAGAACCUGAAGUUUUGAAAGAUGUAAAAGCAGAGAACGAUGAUGACGUUUCGAUUACUGUCUGUGGAAUCGAGAAUUCAGAGGUCACAACGCGAUCCGAGUGUUCAAAUUUUCCUGUAGAGUUGACAGAUCGAAGAGAUGAGCUGCAAGGAAACGAAGAAAUUGAUGCAUCAGUUUCCUCUCGACUAGCAUCUCCUCGAGAAAAAUUCGGAAUGAAUUCGCGUUUCAAACUAUCAGACACUACGAUCAACGAAGGUCAAUCAGCUUAUUCAGAGGCAAAGGACUACGCCGUUUCAGUUGCUUCUCGUCCAAAAUCUCAACCUGAUCCAGCAUCCGCAAAUAUCACUUCAUACAUCAGUAAAUCAGACACAAGUAAGACAGUCAACGAUCCUCAAGCGGAGAAUUGUGGAGAGUCAAAGCUGAUUUCAGCAGACUUUGAUUUGACAUGUUCAGAAAGUUUGUCCUGCGAAGAUGAUGAGUUUGAUCACUCGUCUGCUGAGUGUACGGAUGCUAAUAUGGGGAGUUCUGAGAUAGAAUUUUCAUCUGACUACACUCCUUCGACAUGGGACAUGUCCGGUAGUCAAUUUUCUGAACGAUCAUUUGGGGAUACAACUCCGUCACCAACGUUCCAAUUGUUCCUCUUCUACCGUCAAAAAUUCUGCAAAUCUGAGGUUUCUGCAAAAGUCGCUUCAACAGGCAAUAACGAACUUCCUAAUACAACUAUUAAAUUGUUGAGACCUGAAGACGAAGAACAUGAAGAAAGCUACCAGAUGAUGAGGCAAAGAGAGAGGAGGCAGGUAUAUCUUCAUGACUAUGCAGAGGAAUACUGUGGGACUAAGGAACAUGGACAUUUGGUUCUCCAGCAAAGGUUGCAGAUGGUGCAUUGGAUAAUUGAGCAAUCAGCUAACAAGGAAUUCCAAAAGGAAACCAUGUUCCUAGGUGUCAGCCUUUUGGACCGGUUUCUUAGCAAAGGAUACUUCAAAAAUGAAAGGGAGCUUCAAAUUGUUGGCAUUGCUUGUCUCACCCUUGCAACAAGAAUUGAAGAAAACCAGCCCUCCAACAGCAUUCGACAAAAGUCAUUCAACAUAGGAAGCAAUGAAUACAGCAGAUCCGAAGUGGUUGCCAUGGAAUGGCUGGUGCAAGAAGUCCUCAACUUCCAAUGCUUUUUACCAACCAUCUACAAUUUCUUAUGGUACUAUCUCAAAGCUGCAAGAGCCAAUCAAGAUAUUGAUAAAACUGCCAAGUAUCUUGCAGUCCUCACACUCCUGGGCCAUGAACAGUUAUGCUUCUGGCCCUCAACUGUUGCAGCCAGUUUAGUCAUCAUAGCAUGUCUAGCAAACAACCAACAUUCAUCUCACCAACAAAUUGCAUGGAUUCACAAUGGAUCAAAUGAUACUGAUCUACCCGACUGCAUAAAGUGUCUGGAGUGGUUGGUUAAGUACAUAUGCUAA